AUGUGCCUGGACCGCGAGGCGGCGGCGGCGGGCGUCGCGGAGGAGGAGGCGGCGGAGGAAGGGGAGGAGGAGAGGAGGAGGAGGAGGAGGAGGAGGAGGAAGGGGAGGCCGGCGAGCGGCGCCGGCUGCGGCGGGGCGCGGAUGAGGCGCGGACCCCGUGGUCCGGCAUGUCCCGGCCGCCGGCCACCCCGGGUCCCGCGGCCCCGCAGCCCCCCGGCCCGCCCGGCCCGGGGCCCCCCGACGCCACCCCGGGCCCCCAAAGGCCCCAGAGCCCCCGGGCCCCUCAAAGCCCCCAGCCGCGGCCGCGCCCGCAUCACCGCCGCCGCCAUUCUCAGCGCCGGAAACGUCCUCAACUACCUGGACAGGUACACCGUGGCAGGGGUCUUACUGGACAUCCAGCAACACUUCGGGGUCAAAGAUCGAGGGGCUGGCCUGCUGCAGUCAGUGUUUAUUCUGCAGCUUCAUGGUGGCGCCCCCAUCUUCGGCUACCUGGGCGACCGCUUCAACAGGAAGGUCAUUCUGAGCUGCGGGAUCUUCUUCUGGUCUGUGGUCACCUUCUCCGCUCCCUUCAUCCCACAGCAGUAUUUCUGGCUCCUGGUCUUGUCGCGGCCUGGUCGCAUUGGGGAGGCCAGCUAUUCCACCACCCCCACCAUCAUCGGCGACCUCUUUACCAAGAACACAGGACCCUCAUGCUCCUUCUUCUACUUCGCCAUCCCGCUCGGCAGUGGCCUGGGCUACAUCACCGGAUCGAGCGUCAAGCAAGUGGCUGGCGACUGGCACUGGGCUCUACGGGUGUCACCGGUGCUGGGUAUGAUCACAGGGACCCUCAUCCUGAUCUUCGUCCCAGCUGCCAGGCGAGGCCACGCUGACCAGCCCGGGGUGCAGCUGAAGGCCCGGACCUCGUGGCUCAGGGACAUGCGGGCCCUGAUCCGGAACCGAAGCUACGUGUUCUCAUCGCUGGCCACGUCUGCCGUCUCAUUUGCCACGGGGGCCCUGGGCAUGUGGAUCCCGCUGUACCUGGACCGGGCCCAGGUGGUGCAGAAGACCAUGGACACCUGCAGCAGCCAACCCUGCAGCACCAGGAACAGCCUCAUCUUCGGGGCCAUCACCUGCUUCACCGGCUUCUUGGGGGUCGUGGCCGGGGCGGGGGCCACCAAGUGGUGCCGGCUGAAGACCCAGCGGGCGGACCCCCUGGUAUGCGCUGUGGGCAUGCUGGGCUCGGCCAUCUUCAUCUGCCUCGUUUUCGUCGCCGCCAAGGGCAGCAUCGUCGGUGCCUACGUGUGUAUUUUCAUCGGCGAGACCCUCCUUUUCUCCAACUGGGCCAUCACGGCUGACAUCCUUAUGUACGUGGUCAUCCCGACCCGCCGUGCCACUGCUGUGGCCCUACAGAGCUUCACCUCCCACCUGCUGGGCGACGCCGGCAGCCCCUACCUGAUCGGCAUUAUCUCAGACCGGAUCCGCCAGAGCACGAGGGAGUCGGCCCUGUGGGAGUUCCUGAGCCUGGGCUACGCGCUGAUGCUGUGCCCCUUUGUGGUGGUCUUGGGGGGCGUGUUCUUCCUAGCCACAGCCCUCUUCUUCCUCAGCGACCGUGCCAGGGCCGACCAACAAGUGAAUCAUCUGAUGAUGCCACCCGCUUCCGUCAAAGUCUGAGAGGUGUCCGCAGGACUCAGCCGCGAAGGAGGUGCAGCUCUCACGGGGAGGCAUCAGCCAGGGUCAAGGUCCGGAGGAGCCGGCCGCAGCAGGGGAGGGUCCUGAGGACCUGGCGUGGACGCGGAGGUGCGUGCAGGCUCACCCCUGGCCCGCCCGCGUCCCCCACUGGUGGAACAGUCUCACUUCUUGAUCGAUUCUUGAUCGAUUCUGCCGGAUCCGCACCACGGCGCCCGGGGCUGCCUCCCCCUCUCCUCCGCCGACACCCCCAUCCGUCCAGCCGUCCUCCAGGGAGGCAGACCGGAGCCCCUGAAGCCAGCAGCCCUGCAGAUUCUGCUUGGAGGGGCCGGGCGAGACCCUCGGACACGUGGCCCCCAGCCAGGGACCGCGGCUAAAGAGACAGACACACACCACACCUCCCCCUCACCCCAAAUCACCCAACUCCCACACUACCCUUUGCCAUGGCCUGGGUUUCAUGUGUCAGGCCCUCCGGGACCGGGACUUGUGGCCAGGGCUGCGUGGCUGCGGCCGGGGAAGGGGCAUGUGUCCGAGACCUCUUCCGUCCUCCGCGGGGCCGGCCGCUUCCGGAAUUCUGCGAUGCCCCGCUGCUCAAGCUGACUCGUCUCGUUCUCGGGCGCGAGAACCGGGCUCUGGGUGGAUUUGUCGUCGGGGAGUCAGUCCCCGUCUCGACCGGGGCCUUCUGGGCGGACCGUGGCACAGCGAGCAGGGGUUCGGUCAGUACGGGGCUCUGCCAGGGGAUUGGAUCCCAGGACGCUGUUGGGGUGAGGCUCUGGUCCCCCCUUCCCAGAGUAGCAAGAUGCUUGGAGUCUUCCCAGAGGUCAGAGUUGACCGAGGUCACCGUCCCCAUUGGCAGGCGGAAGCCCAGCUCUGCCGUGUGUUUGGGGGCUCCUUGUGGGGGGCCAGCCGGCAGGCUCCAGAGCACUGGGCUGGCCCUUUGCUGGUUGUGGAGCACCGACUGACCUGGAAUGCAGGAGUCCGUGGAACUAGUUCAGCAGGGGAAGGUGUUUACACACAUACACACCCACACAGGCCCACUCACCUUCUCCACAUUAGUGUCACAUACGCACACCCCACCCCCGCCCCCCGUCUUCACUUCCACAUCUCAUAAUCUCUGGCCAGGAAUAGGGCAUUUUGCUCUUUCCUCUUGGACUUCGCAACAACUCUCCCAAAGAUUCCCUUUUUCCUCCCCGCCCGAUCCCAAACUGCCCUUUGCCUCUUCCAUUGUGCAGGCCCUAUUGAGAGGGGGGCGUUGGUUGGACAGAUGGUCCGCGCUGGGUCACCGGGGGAGUCGGGGGGUCGGAUGGUCUGUUGUGGGUCAGCGCGGUGCUGUUAGAGAUGGAGGGGGGGAGAGAGGCGGGGAGCGGUCCUGGCUGAGUCACUGGGGCAAAAUCGGGGAUCUUACCUUUCCUCCGUUUUCUCUGAGCUUGUGAGCGGGAGGGGGUCGUCCAGGUGUGUCGGCCAGCUCCAGACGGUGGGGUCCGGGUGUGCGGAAGAGAUAGGCCCUGGAGCUUGGGCCGCAUCGCUCCCGGCGGCUGGAAGCCGUGACCCCAGGGCAGGGCUGAGAGCGUGGGGCGGCCGUGGUGGAAAGGAGCUGAGGCAAGGAGGACACUGUCCCUGCGAUCGUCCGUCUGAGCGGUGGGCACUCACGGGCGCCGGCCAGGGUAGCGCACGGGCCCUGCCUUUCCCGUGUACCGGGCCGGCCCACGCAGUUGUCGGGGGAGGCUUGUUUUCUUGUUGUGCAAGAACCGGGUAUAAUGGUUUUCUGACUUCUCUCAGGAAGUACACGGCGAUUUUAUUUUUUAGAGCUAUUGAUCGUGAAUAUAAGUAUAUUCACGUAUAAGACAGAGUAUAAGACAGAAAGAAAAAGCCAAAUAUAUUCCUUUAUGUAAGUUAAGAAAUAAAAGUAUUUAAAACCAG